AUGUACGAAGAUAUCUUAGCAGUAUCCGAAGUGCUCUAUGUAAUGAUUUCAUUAACAUCUUACGCUUUUAAACUUUUCGCUAUGUUCACUAAGAAAACAUUAAUUUAUUCGCUAGAAAACGACAUCGAAUCGAAUAUUUUCAAUCCAAAUUCAAAAACACACGAUGAAAUACUCGAAGAGAACGUAUUAUUUAUCAAAAAAUUAGUAAAAAUGUAUCAAUUUUCAGCAGUUUCAAGCGCCGGUCUUUUUGGAAUCUUUCCUUUAUUAGCAAACAAAUCUCUACCGAUACGUUUCUCUUACAAUAUAGGAAAUUUCAAACCGAUCAUGUUUGCUUUACAAGUUAUUGGACUCGGAGUUUGUGCCUGGUCAAAUAUUAGCUUGGAUUUAUUGUGUACCACUUUAAUGGUUGUUUCCGCUGUACAAUUCGAUAGUUUAAAACAUCGAUUGGUUCAUGGACCUACAAAAAAUAGUUCGAUUCAACAACGAGAAGAUGAUUUAAGAUAUUGCAUCCAACAUCAUUUAGCCAUUAUAAAUUAUACGAAGAAAGUGGACAAAUUAUUUUCGUUUGCGAUUUUAACGAUUUUCUUGGGUGGGAUGGUCGAAAGUUGUAACAGCAUUUUUCAAGUUUUUAUUUUGUUAGAAACUACGUUUUCUGCUAUGCAAUUUGUUCAAUUGAUUACUUAUUUUCUUGUGAUGUACGUUGAAAUGGUUUUAUAUUGUUGGUUUGGAAAUGAAAUUAUUAUAAAGAGUUUAACAAUCAUGGAUGCUUGUUAUGAAACUGAAUGGUAUUCUUAUAGUCAAAAGUCAAAAAAGUCGUUAAUUUUUAUCAUGGAAAGAGCUAAAUAUCCUCUUUAUAUAAAUGUUAGUAAAUUUACUGUUGCUUCGUUAGUAACUUUAGUUGCUAUUACUCGAUGGUCUUAUUCAGCAUUUACUUUGCUGAGAAGAGUCUAUGGAACUCAUUAA